GAUGACUGUACAUGUGUUCGGGAACAGCCCGUCACCUGCUGUAGCAACAUAUGGGCUGAGGAAAGUUGCAGAACAAGGAGAAACUGAACACGGCACGGAUGCGAAGGAUUUGUCUACAGAAAUUUUUACGUCGAUGAUGGUCUCGCCUCAGUGUCAAAGGAGGUUGACACUAUUGAUCUCCUGCAACGCACCAGGGCCCUACUAGCCAACUUACGACUUCACAAAAUAGCCUCAAAUAGUACAAAGGUCAUGGAGGCCUUUUCUCCAGAAGAACGAGCAAGUGACUUUAAGGAUCUAGAUUUAGGAGCAGACCCCUUGCCCCUCCAACGCAGUCUGGGUGUAAGCUGGAAACUCCAGACUGACAGUUUCACUUUCAGAGUGUCAAGAGAUGUGAAAACAUUCACUCGGAGAGGCAUUCUGUCCACUUUAAAUAGUCUUCAUGAUCCCCUUGGAUUUGCUUCCCCCAUUACAGUGCAAGGCAAGGCACUUGUAAGAGACCUUUCCUCCGAGCGGUAUGAAUGGGACACACCUCUCCCAAAGGAGAAAGAGGCACUGUGGAAAGCAUGGACAGACUCGUUAACUGAGCUGGAACAGAUUCACAUUCAGCGAACAUACGUUCCAGUCUCCAUGUCAUGUUGCAAAGCGAUAGACUUUUGCGUUUUCUCAGACGCCUACCUGUGUGUCUUGGACUCUGAUGGAAAAUGGCAUGUAGGUUUUGUAAUGGGAAAAUCAAAGCUGACUCCUUACCCCAUGCACACUGUGCCACGCCUGGAGUUGUGCGCAGCAGUCUUGGCAGUCGAGCUGGCAGAACUGAUCCAAUCGGAAAUAGAUGUCGAGUUGAAAGCAGUCAGGUUCUACACAGACAGUCAUGUCGUGCUGGGUGACAUCCACAACCGAUCAAGAAGGUUCUAUACCUAUGUAGCUAACCGAGUAACUCACAUUUGGAGCUCCACCAAACCAACACAGUGGCAGUAUGUGCAAACUGAUGAGAACCCUGCAGACCAUGAAACCAGGCCGAUUCCAGCAGCUAACCUGGCCUCAUCCAGUUGGUUUCUUGGUCCUCAAUUUCUCUGCCAGCCAAACACACAUCAAGAGGAUGAGGCAGAAUCAUUCAAGCUUGUGCAGCCAGAUACAGACAAAGACAUUCGGCCUGUAGUCACCUCUCUUGCAACCAAAGUCACAGAGCAGUCUCUUGGAUCACAAAAAUUCAAACACUUCUCUACUUGGAAGAGCCUUGUAAGAGGCAUGACAAGUCUCAUUCAUGUAGCUAAGUCAUUCUCCAGUGAGACUAAGAAUGAAUGUAAGGGAUGGCAUCAGUGUAGACAGCCACACACCACAGAGCGCAGUCAAGCCAAGACAAGUAUCCCUAAGGCAGUGCAGGAGGAUGUGUAUCAGGAGGAGCUAAAAUGUCUAACCCAAGGCAUCAAAGUUCACCACCAAGGCCCUCUUGUGAAGUUGGAUCCCUUCCUUGACGAGAAUGGACUGCUUAGAGUGGGAGGUCGGAUACACAAAGCAGAUCUGAAAGAUCAAGAGAAACACCCACUUAUCCUUCCGGGUGGCCAUCAGGUGACCACUCUCCUAGUCCGGCACUAUCACAAUAAAGUGGCACACCAAGGUCGCCACUUUACAGAGGGUGCACUACGCGCCGCUGGAGUCUGGAUAGUAGGAGGGAAGAGGCUCAUCUCCAGCAUCAUAUUCAAAUGUGUCAUCUGCAAGAAGUUGAGGGGCAAGCCUGAAGUUCAAAAGAUGUCUGAUCUGCCCACUGACAGGUUGGCUAUGGACCCACCUUUCACCCAUGUAGGACUAGAUGUUUUUGGUCCGUGGAAUGUUGAAACCCGGCGAACACAAGGUGGUGCUGCUGAGAGCUGCUGAGAGCUGUCAUUUUCACUUGCCUAAGUACAAGAGCCGUCCACCUGGAAGUAAUUGAGUCUAUGUCGACCUCAAGCUUCAUCAACGCCUUGAGGUGUUUCCUGUCAAUACGGGGACCUGUCAAACACCUCAGGUCAGAUAGAGGCACCAAUUUCAUUGGUGCAUGCAGAGAGCUUCAGAUUAACACUGGCGACCCUGAGGUCAAGAACUACUUGCAAGCCCAGGGCUGUACAUGGACCUUUAAUGCACCUCAUUCCUCACACAUGGGAGGAGCUAGGGAGAGAUUGAUAGGAGUGGUUAGACGGAUCCUGGAUGCGCUGCUGGUGAAGGAUGGAGCUACCAGACUUACCCAUGAAGUCCUAACAACCUUGAUGGCUGAGGUUAUGGCCAUCGUGAAUUCCAGACCACUGGUCCCAAUCUCGUAUGAUGCAGAUAUACCUGAAAUGCUCUCGCCUGCCACGUUACUAACCCAAAAGGCAAGUGUAACUCCCGCACCCCUAGAUGAUUUCAAAUUGGACCACCUAUGCAAGGGACAGUAGCGCCAGGUCCAGAGCUUGGCGGACUCCUUCUGGAAAAGGUGGAGGCUGGAGUACUUAGCCACUCUUCAGCCCCGGAGAAAGUGGACCAAGGAGAAGCCUAAUCUCCAGGGCGGUGACGUUAUUCUGAUAAAGGAUGUUCAAGCAAGACGCAAUCAGUGGCCUCUCGGACUGAUAGUUGAGGCCAUUUCCAGCUCUGACAGCAAGAUCCGCAAGGUUAUGGUGAAGACCUUUAGCCAAGGGACAAUUAAGGAGUAUCUUAGGCCCAUUAGUGAUGUUGUGUUACUGAUACCAAAGGUAAAAGAAUAGAUGGUGGUAUAACAUAAUUAUACCAAGCGGGGAGUGCUCUGACUCCUAUCAGUGUCAGUGCUUGUUAAUGCUAUGUAGCGACAUCUGGUGGUGAUUUGAAUCAUUGUGUUUUAAGGAGAUUGCCAACAGUACAUACAUGCAGACUGAAUGCUCCACCAGUUAUUUGUCAAUCCUUGGAGUAGAUCCAUCAUUUUACAAAAAAGAAAACAACCAGGAUUUCAGUAAAGAAAACACUGAACUUGGAGUCCAGCCUACUGAGUCUUAUUGUUGAUGUUCGCUAUCUGUAUAACAAUACAGUGACGUAUCUGCCAGGACAGAAUAAUCAUCAUCAUCAUCAUCAUCAUCAUCAUUACUACACAACGUGUGUGAGUGUGUGUGUGUGUGUGUGUGUGUGUGUGUGUCUGUGUCUGUGUUUGUGUGUGUGUG